ACUUGCACUCAGUGCAAUGCAUUGGUUCAGUUCAGUUCAGUGCAGCAAUAAAGAACAAACCUAGUGUAAACAUUCAUGUAGUUGAUAUAAGUGUCUUUAUUUGACUGAAAAUCGUGUUUACGUGGUGAUAAUAAUGAGUAGUAAACGUGAACACGAAGGAAGUGACACAGAAGAUGGUUGGAUUGGACCAUUACCUUCGGAAGCUGCACCACAAAAGAAGCAACGAGUCUUGGAGUAUGAACAAGUCUAUAUAGAUAACUUACCAUGUUGCGAAUGCUAUGAGAAGUCUUACAUGCACAGAGAUGUUAUUACUCAUAUUUUAGUAACAAAAUCAAACUUUGUGAUAACUGCUAGUUGCGAUGGACAUAUAAAAUUUUGGAAGAAACAAGAGGAAUUAAUAGAAUUUGUAAAACAUUUUCGGGCACACUUAAUGGCAAUACAGUCAAUGUCUGCAAGUUGCAAUGGUGUUCACGUGUGCUCAGUCAGCAUAGAUAAAGCUAUGAAAAUAUUUGAUGUUAUUAAUUUUGAUAUGAUAAAUAUGAUAAAAUUGGACUUUGUGCCACUUUGUGCUGAAUGGAUAUAUUCAGCUGGUGAUGCCAUAUCUGCUGUGGCAGUGUCUUCACAAGAAUCGAACAAAAUAUACAUUUAUGAUGGCCAAGGAACAAAUACACCCCUACAUAUAUUUGAAAAACUGCACACUAAACCUGUUGUCAUUAUGAAAUAUAAUCCUGUGUACGAGACGUGUAUUUCCGUCGACAGAGCAGGAAUAUUGGAGUACUGGACGGGUCCAAAAAUGGAGUACAAAUUUCCUAAAUGUAUAACAUUCGAAUCAAAGUUGGACACAGAUCUGUUUGAAUUUGCCAAAAAUAAAACUUACCCGUGCGGCUUAGCGGUCUCGCCUGAUGGCAAACGAUUUGCAUCCUUCAGCGGAGAUAGAAAAGUUAGAGUUUUUAAUUUCCGAACAGGCAAACUUUAUAGGAUAUUCGACGAGACGCUACAAAGAUUUAGCGAGUUACAACAAACUGUACAGCAACUACCGAACAUGGAAUUUGGACGGAGAAUGGCGGUCGAAAGAGAAUUGGACAAAACCGAAACGAAUUUGGGAAAUAUCAUUUUUGACGAAUCUGGUUAUAUUAUUUUAUAUCCUACAAUGCUGGGCGUUAAAAUGGUGAAUCUUUAUACAAACCGUUGUAUUAAAAUUAUGGGAAAGCCGGAAAAUAUACGACCAACACAACUAGCAUUAUUCCAGGGAAAAGCGAGGAAAACAACUGCUGCGUUAACUGUCGAAAUGGAGGCUUCUGAGAAUCCCACGAUGGAGUUGAACCGGCCUGACCCGACGUUGUUUUGCACGGCACACAAGAAAAAUCGAUUUUACAUGUUUUCGAGACGAGAACCCGAGGAUACGAAAAGUCAGGAAUGCGAUCGGGAUGUCUUCAAUGAAAAGCCUUCUAAAGAAGAUAUUAUAUCUUCGACGGAGGCCACGAAUAUGCAAAAGAUAUACGACACGGCAAUCAUUCAUACAGCGCUUGGCGAUAUCCACGUCAAUCUCUUCGGCAAGGACGUACCCAAGACUGUGGAAAAUUUCUGUGUACACGCGAAGAACGGUUACUUUAACGGUCACAUAUUUCAUCGAAUUAUCAAGGGCUUCAUGAUUCAAACAGGCGAUCCUACCGGGACCGGCACCGGCGGUGAAAGCAUAUGGGGCGGCGAGUUCGAGGACGAAUUCAAGCCGAACUUAAAGCAUGAUAGACCGUAUACUUUGAGCAUGGCUAACGCAGGAGCGAAUACGAACGGUAGCCAAUUCUUCAUUACAUUGACACCAACGCCUUGGUUGGAUAACAAACAUACCGUGUUCGGCCGAGUCCAUAAAGGAAUGGAGGUUGUACAAAAUAUUAGCCAAGUGAAGACGAAUCCUAAAACUGAUAAGCCUUACGACGACAUACGAAUAGUCAGCGUGACUGUAAAAUAGUUUUAUAAAAUGAAUAAAUCAAAAUACAUUUGUACAAAAUA